GAAAAGAAACAUGAAAACCCUUUGGAAAAUUGCGAAGAGGGAAGAAGAACAAACACAAUCCAAACUGCAUCUUCUUCUCUUUACAUCUUUGAUGUCGAAUUUUUUUUAUUCAUUGAUGUUCGUUUAAUUUUAAUUUCUAAUCCUCCAAAUUAUUUGCCUCUUUAUUUUAUUAUAAAAAACCUAUUUUUCAUUGAAUCUUUUUCCCAUCAUUCCAAUAACCUACAUUUUCAUAGAUGAAUUUGUAACAAAAGUUACACGUCGAAUCAUUUUUUGAUACACUCUUUGGAUCAUGUUGUUUGAGUUAUGUUGAUCAAUUUUGUUAAUUUUUUCUUUUUCAAUUGAUUAAUAAUAAAAUAUAAAUAUAUUUGUUGCCACAUUUAAGUUUCGUAUAUAAUGAAGCUUGUGAUUCAUGUGAUUGAGGCAAAAAACUUGGUGGGUUUGGAUUCCAAUGGUUUGAGUGAUUUAUAUGUGCGGUUAAAAUUGGGAAAGCAGAAGUUUAGAACAAAGAUGAUAAAGAAGAAUAUGGAACCAAAGUGGGAUGAACAUUUCUGUUUUUGGGUUGAUGACCUUAAAGAAUCACUUGUUAUAUAUGUGAUGGAUGAAGAUAAGUUCAUUCAUAAGCACUUAAUUGGACGGAUUAAGCUUCCAGUCUCAGUUAUUUUUGAUGAAGAAGUUAAAUCUCUUAGCGAUGUUUGGUAUUCUUUGAAACCCAAACACAAGAAGUCCAAAAAUAAAGAAUGUGGGGAGAUUCAUUUGAGUAUAUUCCUUUCCCAUAAUAAAGCAUCUCCAGAGUCAAAUGAUGUUGGUGAUCAGUUAUUACAUCUAAGAAAAAACGGUGAUGCUAUGACUUGUUCUCCUCCACCAUCGUCCAUUGGCCGUUCAAACUCAUCUUCUCCUGGGAGGGAAGAAAUUACAUCUUUUAAGGAUGAGAAACCUUGUACACAAAAAUCAUUUGCUGGCCGAAUUGCUCAAAUAUUUAACAAAGGUUCUGACAUGCCUUCAAUUUCAUCCAAUAGAAGCAUGGAAUUCGACUUAUCCGAAACAGAUAAAGUUGAAGUUGGUGAGAUCAAAACCGAGGAUCAAUCCUCUAAUGAUACUUUCGAAGAAACUGUGAGAAAAAUGCAGUCUGUAGAUCAAGGAAGCGAAAUUCCUAGCAAUUUACCUGGAGGGGUUUUGAUAGAUCAAUUAUAUGUUAUUGCAACAGAAGACUUGAAUGUAUUACUGUUUUCACCCAAUUCUACUUUUGCCAAGUCAUUAGCAGAUAUACAAGGUACUACAGAACUGCAAAUGAGUCCUUGGAAGUUAGAAAACGACAAUAAGAGCUUGAAACGAUCACUUACAUUCGUCAAGGCUGCCUCUAAAUUAUUUAAAGCUGUUAAAGGCUAUGAGGAACAAACAUAUUUAAAAGCUGAUGGGAAGAACUUUGCUCUUCUUGCAAGUGUUAGCACUCCAGAUGUUAUGUAUGGAAGCACGUUCAAGGUAGAAGUACUUUAUGUGAUCACACCAGGACCAGAGUUGUCAUCGGGAGAGCAGUGUUCACGUCUGGUGAUAUCAUGGAGAAUGAAUUUUGUACAAAGCACCAUGAUGAAAGGAAUGAUAGAAAAUGGAGCUCGACAAGGUAUGAAGGACUGCUUUGAUCAAUAUGCAAUUUUGUUAUCUCAGACUGUUAAGCCUGUUGACUUAAAGGAUCUUGGUUCCUCCAAGGAACAAGCUUUGGCGUCGUUAAAGGCAGAGCCUGAAUCAGAUUGGAAGUUGGCAAUGCAGUAUUUUGCUAAUUUCACAUUCAUAUCAACUUUCUUAAUGGGGUUGUAUGUUCUUAUCCACAUAUCUCUGGUUGCACCUACCACGAUUCAAGGGCUUGAGUUUUUUGGACUUGACUUGCCAGAUUCAAUUAGCGAAUUUGUUGUUUCUGCUGUCUUGGUUCUUCAAGGUGAACGUAUGUUGGGUUUGAUCUCGCGUUUUAUGCAAGCCAGAGCUCGAAAGGGUAGUGAUCAUGGAAUUAAAGCACAAGGAGAUGGGUGGCUUCUAACCGUGGCCUUAAUUGAAGGAAGCAAGUUAGCUGCUGUUGAUUCUAGCGGGCUUCGUAACCCAUAUGUGGUGUUUACUUGCAAUGGAAAAACAAGAGCAAGCUCAAUCAAGUUCCAAAAAUCUGAUCCUUUAUGGAAUGAAAUAUUUGAAUUUGAUGCAAUGGAUGACCCUCCUUCUAUGUUGGAUGUGGAAGUCUGCGCUUUUGAUGGACCCUUUAAUGAAGUUGUAUCUCUUGGACAUGUUGAGAUCAAUUUUCUUAAAACAAACAUAUCAGAUCUUGCUGAUUUAUGGGUUUCUCUUGAAGGAAAGUUAGCUUUGGCAUGCCAAUCUAAGUUACACUUAAGAAUUUUCUUGGACAACACUAGAGGUGGGAAUAUUGUAGAACACUAUAUAAGUAAAAUGGAGAAAGAGGUGGGGAAGAAGAUUAAUUUGCGAUCUCCUCAGACAAAUUCAGCUUUUCAAAAACUGUUUGGACUUCCACCUGAGGAAUUUCUCAUCAAUGAUUUCACCUGUCACUUGAAAAGAAAAAUGCCCCUACAGGGCCGUCUAUUUGUUUCAGCAAGGAUAAUUGGAUUUCAUGCAAAUUUGUUUGGACACAAGACAAAUUUCUUUUUGCUUUGGGAGGACAUUGAAGACAUCCAGGUAGUUCCUCCUACAUUUUCAUCAAUGGGCAGCCCAAUAAGUGUCAUCACUCUUCGUCAAGGAAGAGGUGUGGAUGCAAGGCAUGGUGCGAAAACGCAAGACGAACAAGGCAGAUUGAAGUUUCACUUCCAGUCUUUUGUGUCUUUCAAUGUUGCAAACAGGACUAUCAUGGCUCUCUGGAAGACCAGAUCUCUUAGUAUUGAACAAAAGGUCCAAUUAGUUGAAGACGACCCUGAAACCAAAAGCUUUGUCAAUGAAGAGAAUGCGUCAUUCCUUGGCCUAGAUGAUGUUAGCAUGUCUGAGGUUCAUUCUUGUGCUCUUCCAGUUCCUGUCAGUUUCUUUAUGGAGCUAUUCAAUGGGGGUGAGUUGGACUGCAGAGUCAUGGAAAAAUCUGGUUGUGUUGGUUAUUCUUACACCCCUUGGGUAUCUGAAAACAACGAUGUCUAUGAAAGGGCCGUAUAUUACAAAUUUGAAAAGCGUAUUUCACGCUAUAAAGUCGAAGUAACAAGUACUCAACAAAAAUCUCUUUUGGAGGAUGGAAAGGGUUGGCUUUUGGAAGAGGUUAUGAACUUCCAUGGAGUUCCUCUUGGUGAUUAUUUUAAUUUGCACCUCCGCUAUCAAAUUGAUGAUUUACCCUCAAGAGCAAAGGGAUGUAAAGUACAAGUAUUGUUUGAUAUUGAAUGGUUGAAAAGUACAAAACAUCAGAAAAGGAUUACAAAGAACAUUUUAAAAAAUCUACAAGAACGUUUAAAGUUGACCUUUUGUAUAGUUGAGAAGGAGUUUCUAGAAAAUAGGAAAUGAGUCAUAGUGAAUUUGGCUUUUGUUCUCACAACAUCACACAAUCUUAAUGAUGAUAAAAUCACAAUUGUAGAUUAUGUUGAAAAUCAUUUGGCUUCAGAGAUGCUGAUUUCUUUCAAAAAAAAAUUCUUCAAACUAGAUUAAAGAUCGAAGAUAUUACUAAUUGUGUUAUGUUGUAAAUGGCAAGUUAGAGUGUAGCAUUGUUAGAAAUCCGAAGUUUGGGUCGAUGGUGUAUUGCCACCAUUUAGAUGAUAAGUUGACAUUUUGUUAACGAAGGUCAUGUAGUUACUAUUUUCUUUUCCUUCAAAAUAUAGGUAAUUGUGUAAGAGAAGUUUUGGUAGUUACUUCAUUUGUAAAUGGUUUUUUAGAUUUGGAUACUCGAUCA